AGCAAAUUGUCCGGUAACUGUUUCCGAAGUCAUUUUUGGUGUUGGCAAAAAUUGCAUGAUUGUGAAAAGAAGUCGUAUUUGUUAGAAGGAAAUGCCAUUUUCUGUGUAUUCAACAUCACAAAAUCCCACAAUAUUAACACAAAAGGAUAAGAGGAAGACGCUGGAGUCUUCUUGGAUGGAUAUGUUUACAAAGGAAGGCAGCAAUUUGGAUGGAAAUGGUGAUAAAGUGCAAAAGUUAUCUCAUGUGAAUAGGAGUAUUGCAAUUGAUUUCCUGGACAGAAGGAAUUUGGAGAAGUUUGAGAAACUCGUGAAGGAAGAAGCGGUGAAGAUAAAGACCAAAAGGCGCCUUUUCGAGGAGUUUGUGUCAAUUGAUCAUUGUGAAUCGGCAGAUUCGAGGAGGAAAGAACAACCGUUGGGCUGUGUUAGAAGCACUUCUGGAAACGUGAAUAAUUUUUGGUACCAGAAAAUGAGUGAUUUUGAAAUGGAUCCACAAGUACUGGGCCGACGGCAGAAGCAGAUUGAUUAUGGGAAGAGCACCGUUGGGUAUGAUAAUUAUGUGAAACAAGUACCACGUUGGCAGCGGAAAUUCACAGAUCCCAGGACACCGAGGAAGGCUGUCAAGUACAGUCGAAGGGCAUGGGAUGGAUUGAUAAAGCAGUGGCGGAAGCAGUUGCAUGCUUGGGAUCCAGAUGGUUCAGAGAAAUAAAUUACGAAUAAAUGUGGUGAAUUAAAAACCUGUAGGAGGUUUCUUAGGAUAUUUGUCAUUGAGAAUGAAAGAUUUUGUUACCUAUUUGCUAUAUCUAUAUUACAUUGAAGAGAUUGAAGACAAUAAAAUUGUUCCAGUUGGUGUAAAAGUUAA